AGUGCCUUCUUUAAUCACCAGUUAGCCUUUAGAGCUACUGUAAGUUAUUGCGAGCAUCAACAUGCUUAACGACAGUGAGCUUGCAACGUUGCGGAAUAGAUUUAAGAGAGAUGCGGAGUUUCUUAUGCAAACAACGACAUCGGGUGACGAAGAUGAAAAGAGUCAGGAGGAAAAAGAUGCUAAACCUCUUCCUCGCAUUAACAGACACUCCAUUUUCUGGAUCGUGGCGUCUAUCGGUGUGACCUACUAUGUGGAUUUCCUCCGUAACAUAAUGGAGAACGAUGCAAUCAAAAGUUGGUGGUUCAAUGUGGGUCUGAUGCUCCUCGGGAUCUGCCUGUCUCUGGCUAUGUUUUGCAUUGUCUACCUGGAGUGGUUCAAAGGCAUCCAGCACUACGACCAGGAGUACCCUGCCAUUCCUCCCAUCACAACUGCAGCUUUUAUCGCUGCAUCUUGCAGCUUUAACAUGGCGCUGUGGCCGGUGUGGUCCUUCUUCACUCCACUCAUCCUCUUCACACAGUUCAUGGGUGUGGUCAUGUUCAUCUCUUUGCUUGGAUGAAUGUGGCAGGUGAAGAUGGUUGUCAUUUUAAUAUUCACAAAAUGUCUUUUAGUGGAAAGAACAACGAACAACACUGUAUUUGGCCUUAAAUUGUGAACAUUUCUGUGGAGAUAAAUCCUGUGUCAUUAAUUAUUACAUAUUUAAUACCUAUGCAAUUUGAACUUUACAUCUCAUUGUUAACUAAAUUGAUGAGUUUUGUUCCCCCCUCCGCCGUUGCACACAUACUGUAUGUCUUAAAUUGUCUUAAACAACACUAAAGUUGACAACUACAUUAAUAGACGUAGCAUACUGGAAUCCUGCCAUCAGUCCACACACGCGCACACACACAUCUCCCUUUUGAAACGUAUAUUAAUACAUUUAAAACGCAUAUGGAGUCACCAACAUUUUUUUGUAGAAUACUGUGUAUAUAUAUAACUGUAAAGUCAUAUUAGCACAUUAUUCAUAUUAGUAGCUAUACAAGAUUCAGAAAGAAUGCUCUAAAUGGAGAAAAUACUGUUAAAAUUAGAAUAAAACUUACACAUCAGAAAUUGUAAGGUCAUAGUAAGUGCACUGUCCAGGGACUGUAAUCAAUGUAGUCAUCAUCUGCCUCAAGUUCAAAUAUUCUCUGCAUGUAAUAAAGGGUCAAAGGGAGAAUGUGCUAUUAAAAUAUGUAAUAGAUGUAAUUUAUGCAAUACAUGCACAUGACUCGUGACACAAGGUAACUUAUUCAUACAUACUUGGACGUGUUUCUGUCCCAUUCCAAACCUUGAAAGGGAAUUUGUGUACGGGCUUUUUUUUUUUUUUUUUUGCUUUUUUGGUCUCUCCCACCUUCAAGCAGAUCGUCUCAGCACUUUGAAGGCAACAGAAAAAUGGGCAUGGACAUGAGCUUUUUGUAGAUUGUUACAGGAAGUAGUUCUGUUCUGUGCUGGAUUACACAAGUGGACAUCAGUAUGGUGAAAGUGUGCUCCCUUUGUAAAGUCUGAAUUACGUAAGCAACUGUAUAUCUGCUGAGGUUUGGCCGGACACGCUGACCAGCUUCCUUUAAGCUGAGGCCAUGGUCCACCACAUGGUCAACAAUAGUGGCUAGAGUUUCAUUUGGAAGGAUCUGCCUCGUUGCUCACGCUCGUUUGCCCCUGUCAUCCUCUCCCUGCUCUGUGUCUCACACCUUUUUUGCCUGUCUACACCUGCAGCAGAUUGAUGUAGACCCUACUAUUGAAACAAUUAUCAGUCAACUGUUGUCCGUCUGUAGUGAUGGCUUUAAGGCUUUUUAGGUCAGGAUUGUAGGAUCACUCAGUUGUUCAACUUCCCAGUUUAUGACUCGUCAUUGCUGUGUUUUCCCAAAGAAACAAUGGCAUCUUUGUCAAGAAAUGGGAUGCAUUGUGUUGUGUUUGGCGAACUUCUUUUUUGCAGUCAAAAUGUAAUUUAGAGUUUUGAGCGUAGCCCUUUUUCACAGCAGACGUGUUUGGCUUGUUGUGGUAGGAAGAAAGCCGUACUUAAUAACAAGUGUUACUAAUAACAGUAACAAUGGCUGUGAUCUAUUUAAAUGUUUCAGUAAGCCAUGACAGUGAGCCAGCAUGCACAAAACCAGGACCCUGAAAUGCAAACACCUAAAUGGAAUUCAACCAUUGUUCUUUAUUUUUUUAUUUACACCUGUGCUUUUCCUAUUGUGACAUGUUAAAAAAUCCUGUGAAAAAUGCAUGUUGUGCUUGUAUGUUAAAACCAAUAAAUUGUUUUUUAAUUUGUAUGUUUUUUAAGUUUGUGGCGAAGAAUGUCAAGAGUCAUAUCCUGUAAUGUCUUUUUCUGCAAUAAACUUUUUAUAAUUAUUUCACUAUUUA